AUGCUCUCAGUGACUCUUCUGCUACUUGGAAUGCUCUUCACAGCAAGAGGAACUGGAGCCCAGUUAGUGACCCAGCCUGACGGUCACAUCAGCGUCUCUGAAGGAAACCGUCUGGAGCUGAGAUGCAACUAUUCUUAUGGUGGAUCUAUUUAUCUCUUCUGGUAUGUCCAGUACCCCAGCCAAGGCCUCCAGUUUCUACUGAAGUAUUUGUCAGGACCCACCCGGGUUAAAGGCAUCAAAGGCUUCGAGGCUGAAUGCAAGAAGGAUGAAAAGUCCUUUUACCUGAUGAAAGCUUCAGCCCAUUGGAGUGACUCUGCCAAGUACUUCUGUGCUCUGUGUGACACAGUGCCUGAGUCUGCAAGGGGAGCUAAACAAAAACCUGCUAAGACAUUCAAAAUCUUUAACCAUAAUUUUAUCCCACAAAGAUAUGCCCAAGGUGACACAAAAUUUUUAUUUAUAAUUUGCCCAGGACAAACCCAUGGAAACUCAGUGACCCAGAUGGAUGGCCAAGUGACUCUUUCAGAAGGGACUUCUGUGACUAUAAACUGCACUUAUUCAACAUCUGGAUACCCUGCUCUUUUCUGGUAUGUCCAGUAUCCUGGAGAAGGUCCACAGCUCCUCCUGAAAGCCACGAAGGCCAACGAGAAGCAAAGCCACAAAGGUUUUGAAGCCACAUACAAUACAGAAACCACCUCCUUCCACUUGGAGAAAGCCUCAGUCCAAGAGUCAGACUCAGCUGUGUACUACUGUGCUCUGAGGGACACAGUGACGGAAACUGCAGGGGGAGCUGAGCACAAACUCUGA